AUGUCUUUUAUUGAGCAAGAUUUUUUACAAAUAAUUUCCUCUCUUCUUUAUCCUGCUUCCUUUUUACUCUUUGCUUUUCAUUUUUGUUUUUACUUUUUAACUCCAAUUUUGUUCUGCUUUUUGUUCUUUCUACUCUCAAUAUUUCAUUUUUUUUUUCUCUAUUUUUCCUUCUUUUUACACUUUGCCUUCUUUCUUUCUUUCUUUCUAUUUUACUCUCGGCUAUUAAUUUUACUCCAUUAUUUAUUCUUUUUGUUUCUACUCUUUACCUUCAAUUUUACGCUCUGCUUUUCUUUCAUUCUGUUUACUCUCUACCUUAUGUAUCUUUCUUUCAAUAUUUUUUUUUUUUUUAAACCCUACCUUCCAUUUUCUCUGCUCUUUCUUUCUUUCUUUCUACUUCUACCAUCAAUUUUACUUUUUUGUUCUUUUCUUUUACUCUAUGUUCAAUUUUACUAUCUGCCUUUCUUUCACUCUUUUUACUCUUUACCUCCAAUUUUCUCUGCUUUUCAUUCUACCAUAUUCUCUGCUUUUCUGUCUUUCCUCUCUCUACCCAUACUGUGCUUAUCUUUAUACUCUAUCUUCAAUUCACUCUGCUUUUUUCGCUUUUUUCAUUCAAUCUUUUCUCUACUUUUCUUUCUCCUUGUCUUUUUUUCUAUUCUUACCGCCAAUUUUAUUUUCAGCUUUUCUUUCUUUCUUUCUUUUUACAGUCUUCCUUUCAGUUUCUCUACUUCUUUCUUUCUUACUGGCAUUCUUUUUAAGUCUGUUUAUUCUUAUUUUUUUCCUCUUCAAUUUGUCCUUUAUAUAAUGAACAAUAAUGGUCAUCUUCUCCCUUACUUUUCCUCAGGCUUCUUAGUUUCUUCUUCCCAUUUUCCUCUCUUUUCUUAA